UCGAUACUAUGAUUAGCCCCAUUUUAUAGAUGGGCAAAUGGGCAAACUGAGGGUAAGGCACUGAUACAAGAUCACGAAGCCAGGAAGUGGCACGGGUAGGAUUUGAACUCAGAACCUCUGGCUCUAGACACCGAUGCCAUCAACCACCAUACGUAGAGUAGAACGUACGUAGUAAAGACAUGCGGUGGGCACGCAAUAACUUUAGGUCCUUUCACAGUCGCUGGGGGAGUCAAGAACUUCCAGUUGCUCCCGGCUCUCACCUGCUUCCACUGCCCACCUGGCCUGGGCCACUCCUGGGGCCCGGCCCUGCCCUGCCCACCCUGCCUGGUCUCACCCUCCCUCUGCCAACAGAGUCGGGCAGGGUUUUAUGGGCCCUGAUAAGGCCCUAGCAGGGCCAAAGUCCACGAGCACUUCCUUUUGCAGGAGGGCGUAGGGAGGGGACCCAGAUGAUCUUGUCACCAGUGAGGCUGGCGAGGGAAGGGAGACUAGGGGGUGCUCGAGGAGAAGGUGAGAGCCUGGGAGCCCCAGAAGAGGGACCCAGUGGACUCGCCCCUGCCAGCCACUCCCUUACCGUCAAGUAUAAGAGCCACCUGCCACCUGCCACCAUUCCCCACUGCAGCAGCUCUUCUCGCAGGACGAGUCACCAGCCCAGCCUCUCGAGAUGGCCUAUGUCCCUGCACCGGGCUACGAGCCCACCUACAACCCGACCCUGCCCUACUGCAGGCCCAUCCCCGGCGGGCUCCGCGUGGGCAUGUCCGUCUACAUCCAGGGAGUGGCCAGCGAGCACAUGAAGAGGUUCUUCGUGAACUUCGUGGCGGGGCAGGAGCCGGGGGCGGACAUCGCUCUGCACUUCAACCCCCGCUUCGACGGCUGGGACAAGGUUGUCUUCAACUCGCAGCAGGCCGGCAACUGGGGCAACGAGGAGAGGAAGAGGAGCAUGCCCUUCAACAAGGGCGCCGCCUUCGAGCUGGUGUUCAUGGUCAUGGCCGAGCACUACAAGGUGGUGGUGAAUGGAAUCCUUCUAAUGAGUUCCGGGCCGGUCCCCCUGCAGAUGGUCACGCCACCUGCAACCGUGAUGGGGACGCUGCAGCUUCAGUCAAUCAACUUCAUCGGGGGGCCCCCUCUGUGCCCGCAGGGACCCAUGCAUCACCCGCCUUUCCCCGGGCCCGGACACGGCCAUCAUUACCCCCAUCAGCAGCUGAACAGCCUGCCUUCCAUGGAGGGACCCCCCACCUUCAACCCGCCCGUGCCGUUCCGGGGCAGGCUGCAGGGGGGGCUGACCGCCCGGAGGACCGUCAUCAUCAAGGGCUACGUGCCCCCCACAGGCAAGAGCUUCUCCAUCAACUUCAGGGCGGGACCCUCUGGGGACAUAGCGCUGCACGUCAAUCCCCGUGUGGCCGAGGGCAACGUGGUUCGCAACAGCUUUCUGAAGGGCUCGUGGGGCUCCGAGGAGAGGAACAUCUCCUACAACCCAUUUAGCCCCGGACAGUUCUUCGACCUGUCCAUCCGCUGCGGCCAGGACCGCUUCAAGGUCUACGCCAACGGCCAGCACCUCUUUGACUUCUCCCAUCGACUCUCGGCCUUCCAGAACGUGGACACGGUGGAAAUCGAGGGUGAUGUCACUUUGUCCUAUGUCCAGAUCUGAUCUGCGCCCAGGGCCUUAACUCUUGGGAAACAGAAGGAUUCCCUAGGAGUCCCGUCUAAGCCCCUAAUAAAAUGCCAAAGUUGGUCUCA